AUGAGUUUGGAUACUGAAGUCGAUAAAAUUGUGUCGGAGUUUGCCGUCACCCAGGAGACGCUCCACAAGGGAGUGGAGCGUUUCAUUGAGCUUGCAACUGCCGGAUUGAAUAGUGAUGAGGACAAGUAUGGUUUGCCAAUGAUCCCAACUUUUGUUACCUCCAUCCCAACCGGUAAAGAGAAGGGCAUUCUUUUUGCCGCAGACUUGGGAGGAACCAAUUUCCGAGUUUGCUCUGUUGCCUUGAACGGAGAUCACACUUUCAAGCUGAUCCAGCAGAAGUCGCACAUUCCUGCCGAACUGAUGACCUCUACUUCGGACGAAUUGUUCUCGUAUCUUGCAAGCAAAGUCAAGGGUUUCUUAGAGACCCAUCAUGACGGAGCUGUUGCUUCUACAGGAAGCCAGAAAUUCAAGAUGGGUUUCACUUUCAGUUUCCCUGUCUCGCAGACCGCCUUGAACGCCGGUACUCUGCUAAGAUGGACUAAGGGAUUCAAUAUUCCAGACACUGUUGGACAAGAGGUUGUUUCUCUAUUCCAAAAGCAUUUGGACGCCCAGGACAUUCCUGUUACUGUGUCUGCCCUGUCCAACGAUACUGUGGGAACCCUUCUUGCAAGAUCGUACACGGGUUCCAAUAAGGAGGGCACUACUGUUCUAGGAUGCAUCUUCGGAACGGGAACCAACGGUGCUUACAACGAGAAGCUCGAGAAUAUCAAGAAGCUUCCUGCCGAGGUGAGAGAGAAGCUGAAGGCUCAAGGUGUCACUCACAUGGUCAUCAACACCGAAUGGGGUUCCUUCGACAACCAGCUCAAGGUUCUGCCAAACACGAAGUAUGACGCUCAAGUUGACGAGCUUACCAGCAAUAAGGGCUUCCACAUGUUCGAAAAGCGUGUUUCCGGAAUGUUCUUGGGUGAGAUUCUGAGACAUAUUUUGGUCGACCUUCACGCUAAAGGAGUGCUAUUUACUCAGUACGCCAACUACGAAUCCCUGCCCCACAGACUGAGGACGCCAUGGGAUCUGGACUCUGAGGUUCUCUCGCUGAUUGAAAUCGAUGAUUCCACCAAUUUGCAGGCCACUGAGCUGUCUUUGAAACAGGCAUUGAGAUUGCCAACUACUACUGAGGAGAGACUUGCCAUCCAGAAACUUACUCGUGCCGUGGCCAAGAGAUCUGCCUACCUUGCUGCCAUCCCUAUUGCUGCUAUUCUACACAUGACCGAGUCUUUCAAGGGCCAUAACGUCGAGGUGGAUGUCGGAGCAGACGGAUCUGUGGUCGAGUUCUACCCUGGUUUCAGAACUAUGAUGAGAGACGCCAUUGCACAGACGCAAAUAGGUGCCAAAGGAGAGAGAAGACUGCACAUCAACAUUGCCAAAGACGGCUCAUCUGUGGGCGCUGCAUUGUGCGCAUUAAGCGAAAAAGACUAA